GAAAGUCCUUCCUGGGUGCUCUCCAGUCUCUUCUCCCACCCAGCCGUCUGAUCUGCCUCUCGUUAGGAUCGUCUAAAGAAAAAAAAAAAUUAAAUUGCUGUAAUCCACACUGGCUUUCAUUCUCUUCCACUUCAGUUUAAUCUUUCUUUCCUCUCCACCCUUGUGUCCGGAUUGCAGGCGGGGGGUGGGGGCUGUGAACCCACCCCACAACCAAGCGAAAGACAGCAUCGUCCUCCUCCCAAAGACGAAAGAGCCUGAGAAAGCAGGAGCCGAGCCAGAGCCCCUCUGCUCUCCCUCCCCAGCACAAAUUUAACCCCAGCUGCAACUUUUCCUCUGCUGGCGGGGCUGAGCUGGGGCUCCAGCAGCGCCGGGGUGGGUUUUUCCCCUCUCUCUCCCCCCUCCCCUAGGUUGAUUUUUAGCGGCGAGGGAGGGGGGUGGGGAAUCCUUUUUAUUGCAGAGCCCGGCUAGCUUUGCAAGCCUUCCUUCUUCUCCUCCCCUGCUUUUUGUGCCCGCCGCAGCAGGGCUGGCCAGGCCGGGGGAGGGAAGCGAUGGGAAGGGGAGGUCGCCCCCUCCUCUCCCUCUGUGUGUUUUUUUUGCAGGUGUGUCAAUUUUAAUUCUGCCCAGUAGGUGGGACUUGGUGACUUUCGCACCGUUUUCGUUAUUUAUUUAUUUCCCCGGCUGCCUCCCCAGCCUCCCGUUGCAAUCCUCCGGAGCGGCUGGCGGGGAGCGGCGGGCGGCGGGCGCAGGGCGGCCGGGCCAGCAUGCAUCCCCGCCCGCUGCCGCUGCCCUAGCGGGAAUUACAGCCUCUCCGAGCCAGCUGCCAGCAUGAUUUCAUCUGCUGGAGGAUUUUUGCAUCUGAUCGCUUGAGGUUUUGUUGUGUGUGGUUUUUUUUUUUUUUUUUUUCUUUUCUCCCUCUGUCUUUGUUUCCUUCCCCCCUUUCCCCCCCUUCCCCUCCCUCCAUCCCCCCUUUCCUCCUCCUCCUCUUUUUUAGAAGCAGCAAUCGGAGAUGGAUGUCUCUCUUUGCCCUACCAAGUGCACUUUCUGGAGGGUAUUUUUGCUCUGGAGCAUUUGGGGAGACUAUCUGCUUUCGGUGCUGGCUUGCCCUGCUAAUUGUCUUUGCAGCAAGACAGACAUCAAUUGCAAGAAGCCGGAUGAUGGGAACCUCUUCCCUCUCUUGGAAGGGCAGGAUUCAGGCAGCAGCAAUGGCAACACGAGCAUCAAUAUCACGGACAUCUCAAGGAACAUCACUUCCAUACACAUAGAGAACUGGAAGAAUUUGCAGACGCUGAAUGCUGUUGACAUGGAGCUGUACACGGGACUCCAGAGGCUGACAAUCAGGAACUCAGGACUACGAAACAUCCAGCCACGCGCCUUUGCCAAGAACCCUCACCUGCGCUACAUAGACCUCUCUGGGAACCGGCUCACCACUUUGUCAUGGCAACUCUUCCAGACCCUGCGACUCUUUGAACUGAGACUAGAGAGGAACCUUUUUAACUGCAGCUGUGACAUCCGCUGGAUCCAGCUCUGGCAGGAGAAGGGUGAGGCAAACCUGCAGUACCAGGAGCUCUACUGCAUGAACAUGGAUGCAGCCAUCAUCCCUUUGCAGGAGAUGAACAUCACCCAGUGCGACCUCCCCGAGAUCAGUGUGAGCCAUGUGAAUCUGACGGUGCGGGAAGGGGAGAAUGCUGUCAUCACCUGCAACGGCUCAGGAUCACCACUGCCUGACGUCGACUGGACCGUGGCUGAUCUCCACUCCAUCAACACGCACCAGACCAACCUCAACUGGACCAACGUUCAUGCCAUCAAUUUGACCUUGGUGAAUGUCACCAGUGAAGACAACGGAUUCCUACUUACCUGCAUUGCUGAGAAUGUGGUGGGGAUGAGCAAUGCCAGUGUGCUGCUCACAGUCUACUAUCCCCCUCGCAUCCUAACUCUGGAGGAGCCGGUGCUACACUUGGAGCACUGCAUUGCAUUUGCAGUGCAUGGGAACCCAGCUCCCACCCUUCACUGGCUGCACAAUGGCCAGGUCCUCCGGGAGACAGAGAUCAUCCACAUGGAGUUUUACCAACAAGGGGAAGUGUCCGAGGGUUGCCUGCUCUUCAACAAACCCACUCACUACAACAAUGGCAACUACACGAUUGUGGCCACCAACCAGCUGGGCUCAGCCAACCAAACCAUCAAAGGACACUUCCUUGAAAAACCCUUUCCAGAGAGUACAGACAACUUUGUCUCAAUUGGUGAUUAUGAAGUGAGUCCCACCCCGCCGAUCACUGUGACCCACAAACCAGAGGAGGACACUUUUGGGGUUUCCAUAGCGGUUGGGCUGGCAGCUUUUGCUUGUGUCCUCUUGGUCGUCCUCUUUAUUAUGAUCAACAAGUAUGGCCGGCGGUCCAAGUUUGGGAUGAAAGGUCCUGUGGCAGUGAUCAGCGGAGAGGAGGAUUCAGCCAGUCCCCUCCACCACAUCAACCACGGUAUCACAACACCCUCGUCCCUGGAUGCUGGCCCGGACACGGUGGUGAUCGGCAUGACCCGCAUUCCCGUCAUUGAGAACCCUCAGUACUUCCGACAAGGUCACAACUGCCACAAGCCAGACACGUAUGUCCAGCAUAUUAAGAGGAGAGACAUCGUUUUGAAGAGGGAACUGGGAGAAGGUGCCUUUGGGAAGGUGUUCUUGGCCGAGUGUUACAACCUCAGCCCCACCAACGACAAAAUGCUGGUGGCAGUGAAGGCGCUGAAGGACCCCACUUUGGCAGCCCGCAAGGAUUUCCAGAGGGAGGCAGAGCUGCUCACCAACCUGCAGCAUGAGCACAUCGUCAAGUUUUAUGGCGUGUGUGGUGAUGGUGACCCGCUCAUCAUGGUCUUUGAGUACAUGAAGCAUGGUGACCUGAACAAAUUCCUGAGGGCACAUGGCCCAGAUGCUAUGAUCCUCGUGGAUGGGCAGCCGCGACAAGCCAAAGGGGAGCUAGGGCUAUCUCAGAUGCUCCACAUCGCUAGCCAGAUCGCCUCUGGAAUGGUGUACCUUGCCUCCCAGCACUUUGUCCAUAGAGACCUGGCCACCAGGAACUGCUUGGUCGGAGCCAACCUGCUGGUGAAGAUUGGAGACUUUGGGAUGUCAAGAGAUGUCUACAGCACUGAUUACUACAGGGAAGGGCCGCGUCCGAAGGGCCAGUUCAGCGCAGCGUGGCAGCGACAGAGACUGGCACCGCCGGCAGCUGCAACAGUCGGAGGACACACCAUGCUGCCUAUCCGCUGGAUGCCUCCGGAGAGCAUCAUGUACAGGAAGUUCACAACAGAGAGUGAUGUCUGGAGCUUCGGGGUGAUCCUCUGGGAGAUCUUCACGUAUGGGAAGCAGCCCUGGUUUCAGCUCUCAAACACAGAGGUCAUUGAGUGCAUUACCCAGGGCCGAGUUUUGGAAAGGCCUCGAGUCUGCCCCAAGGAGGUUUAUGACAUCAUGUUGGGCUGCUGGCAGAGAGAACCUCAGCAAAGGCUCAACAUCAAGGAGAUCUACAAGAUCCUUCAUGCUCUGGGCAAGGCCACACCAAUCUACCUGGACAUCCUUGGCUAGCAGUGGCCACUUGUCGAAAGUCCCUGCUCCUUCCUUCCGUCCUUCCUUCCCUCUCCCCCUCCCAAGUCCUUUGCCCCUCAGCUCCCAAGCAAACAUCUUCAUAUAAACUCAAGUGCCUGCUACACAUACAACACUGAAAAAAACAAAAACAAAAAGCAAACCGACAAAAAUCCCACAAAACAACAACCUGUAAGGCAGUUUGGCUUAUAUAUAUUUAUAGAUAUCUCUCUAUAUAUAACUUCCACACCAAUACAGAAAGAAGCUGCUGUUACAGAAAAUUGUAAGACUUUAAAAAAAAAAGAAACAAAAAAGGGAGAAAAAAGUGCUUAAAGAGAUAUAUAUAAUUAAAAAAAAAAAAAAAAAAAAAAGAAAGAAAGAAAGGAGAAGAUAUCUUUCCCCCGAGCAAUGAAGCAGUGAAUUGUAACCCUGCUGUGAGUAUGGUUCGGGCUGCUGGGCAGGGCUCUAGACUGGCUUACGGCAGUGAUGCCAUCCUGGGUAGGAGCCCCGGGAGGAAAGCCUUGCCCUGGUUGUAUGAUAUGCACUGAAUGUGUGAAAUCAGUCCUCCUUUCUCAUCCUUGCCUCCCUCCUGCCUUCCCAGCCCACAGGUGAUGGGCACAAAGCCAGGGCAGUGCCCCUGGAGGAGCUCUCUUUUACCAACCCCGUCCCUCCCUCCCUCUCAGUGCUUCCCUGCCCCUCUCUGCCUUCCUGCCUUUUUCCUCCCCCCAACAUUUCAGGACAAUUUUUCUAAUUUGCUGAUUCUUAAAUGUAUAGACUCAAGGCUUUCGAACACACAGUCACAGGAUUGUGGCACCUACGGGUAAAACACACACCGGGAACCAGCUGCCCUCCUGCAGACCUCGAGCUGGCCCGACCCAGCCCUCCCUCCUGCCCCACGCCGGCUGCUGCCAGGGCGGGGGGAGCAGCGGGACCAGAGCGGCUGCGCGAGGGAGCCGAGGAGGGGUCCUGGGGACCCGGUCCUGAACCAGCCCCAACCCAUUCCAGGGUACGAGACGGGAGCGCUGUCUGCCCAGGGUGCCCGGCGCAGGUGGCGACAACCCCCCAUCCCCUCCCCUCCUUUUUCUCCCCACCCUUCACGCUUGCUAGCAUCCAUGGGGUUGUUCCCCCUCCCUCAGUUGUCUGCACCAGGGCCAAAUUAGUCCCUGGUGUAAACCUUGAGCGGACAGGGUUGGAUCCCUGCUCCCCUGACGGGGGAAAGGUGGCAGCGUGCAGACAGCUGGGAGGGAGCGUGCCUGCGUCCUGGCUGGGCGUGCCUAUGGGGUCAGCGUAUCCCAGCGCUCUUCCUCCCCAUCCUCUUCUCUUCCCCAUUUCUGCCCCAUGCCCCACUCCAAGCCUCAGGCACAAGCCAGUGGGGGACAGGGAGCGGGACAAAGCUCGUGAAAUGGCUGGGAACCUACCAACACCUGCCUGCAGACCCCUUGCCAUUCUCCUCACGUCCCCAUCCCCUGAAAGGAUUGAUGCAUCUGCCUUUGAGCUGUUGUGAAAUGCAGAGGCUGAAGAAUAGCUCCACAGGCAGCCCCGGGAGGAGGGGGGGAAGGAGGGGAAGGUGCCUUCAGGAGCAGACGGCUCAGCGGAUGGCCGCAGUGGCCAGCCUUGCAUCUCAAUGAGGAUAAAGGCCUGACAGGCAGCGACAGGGGGUGGUGGGGACAGCGAGGGAGAGACAGAAACAUUCUCCCUGUAGCCUAUCUCCCUCUAGCAGGAAAUAAUCUGGACCUGGGGAAAGGCUGAGUCAGAUGCUGAAUCCAGUCUGUCCAGACCAGGCUGAGAAUACAAAACCUUUCUGGGUCUUUUUUUCACGUGGCUAAUGGAGGAUGAGCGGGAACCUCAGCUUGGCAGCUGCUCUCAGGAGGCAGGGAGCGGGCGGCACAGGCAUUGUCAAGGCAAUUUUGAGAAGGCAACAACAGCCAGCACAAAAAUAGCCUGCUUGGAUGUGGCGUUAGCCUGGAAGGGAAUGCAGAUGGAGGAAGAAGAGACAGAGAAAGGAUCUUGGUGGUCAGAGUAGUGUUCAUGGCCAGGAGGCGACAGUGAAAGGGAAGAUUUUGCAUCUUCUCAUCUUCCUUGUCUCUUGCCAAUCUAUACCUCCCACCCAUGGCCCUGGCAUGACCUGGCUUAUGGUUUCAGACAGAGGCUGGGGACACUGCUAGAAGGAGGUCUGUGGUGGGCAGCAGUGGCUGUGGGUUUAUUCUGUGCUUGUGUAAAGAGCAGUGCAAGCCUGGGGUGAGGGAUGAUGGGUGGCAGUAACCAUGUGAGACUAAGGAUGGUAACCUUCCUCUGCGCGUUAGAGAGAUCUGGGCUAGUGGGACAGACUGGUGCCGCUGGAGACUGGGCAGACUGCCACUGAACAGGCACAAGCAGCUCUCGGCAUGGACACCAAAGAUGGCAUGGUCAGGGACAAGGGUGUGGACCGUUGCUGGGAGCCCACACACAGGAACAGCAUACCAUGUCACCCCUCAAUAGUAGGUUCUUACUGCUUUGGGAGAAGACAUCCAGUUUUCCUCAUGUGCCUACUUGAGUCCAGCUAUGAAAGUGAAAAAGAUUGGUUUAAAGGUUGUUAGCCCUGGCCUGGCUCCCUUUGUAUGCAGGCUGCUUUGGCUAAAAGGACUGGAGAUUCUAUACAAGGGGAGAACAAGCAAUGUCUAUUAAGUGCCCAGUGUCUCCACAAGAAAACCCUUCCCUGGGGCUGCCUGUCUCUUACCUCUAAUGGCUUCUUGCUCUUGUGACUUCCAGGGUCUGUGCCAGAUUGUGCAAGGCCAUUUUGUCCACCCCUCUCUCUCACUUUCAUGCUCUCAUUUCUUUUUUGGCCAGUGUCACGGGCCUUUACACUAUCAAAUCACGUACAGACACUGCAUUCCUACAGUCAAUGAGAUUUCCCUGUCACCAUUCUGCACAGCAGCUACAUCCUGCUUUCCUUCCUUCUUUCCCCCUUCCCCUCCUCCCCAGCACCACCACCCUGUCCCUUUUGCCACCUCUUUGUAGAGUCACAACAGCAAGGCAAGCUCAGGAGCCGAGCACGACACCGAGCCUUGGUGCUACAUGGUUAGGAAUAAGUAGUCUGUGAGAGGCAAGGAGAUGGGUCUCCAGAACAUGUGAAGUGGCUGAGACCAAGGUUCAGGCUGUCUGACUGCUUUACUGUUAGCCCCACCAAGUGCAGUGACUGACUCAGAAAAAUGUCCUUUUGUCAAAGGUAAUUGUGAACAAUUGCUCAGAAGAGCAGGAUAAGCUGCAGUCCUGCGGUGUGAUGUCUCCCUGGCUGCUGCUGCUGCUUUAUGCCCCUUGGCCUGUUGAUGCUGGAUGGAGGUUUGUUGUGGGGAUGAGGGAGGUUGUUUUUCGCUUGAAGACAUGAUGGAAACUGCUGCAUCCCUUUUUGGCAUGACAGUUUUGGAGGGGAAGAAGGAAAACAGCUGUGCUGAGUUCCUGGUGAACACCCUGAGACCUCAUUUCCAGAAGCACCUUCCCUGGACCAGAAGUGGAGCUGCCCAUCUGCACGGGUGACGGUGCUCUUCCCUGUAGGAAGAUGGGCUCUGGGGUGGUCCUCCUGCGUGUGAGGGGAGAAAGAAGAGCAGAUUUGGGGGAAAACUCUCUCAGAACACCAUAAGUCUGAGUGUGGGGACUGUUCGGAGGCAAAGGGAAAUGAGUUCAUGUUUCUUCUCCAUUUCCAGGAGAGAGACUUCCCGUUGCGCUGCCUCCAGAAAGAGCAGAGAGCUAUCCCUGCUGCCUGGGAACACCGACAGGUCUCACCCAGCUCUGGAGCAAGCCAGGCCUAAUUCCCAGCACGCCCAGGCUGAGAUUCCCACCACCCAGCCUCUUCCAUCUGCAGUUUUCUCAAGGGGCUUGUGAAAGGGAGCUGGGAGGAACGCAGAUCUGAGCACUGCUGAGAAGGGGCCAUGGGGUCUUCCCUGUCCCAGUUGCAUCUUGCUCUCUAAAAAUUAAAAUUAUUAGCACCAACUCAGUCACCCAAGGGUGUCACUGAAAUGAUGCUUUCUUGGAGGUGCAGGUGCUAUUUUGGUGCAUGGUACAGAUGGCAAUUGUAUGCCAGACCUACAAACUGUGGGUGGAAAAUGUGGCUCCAACCUUUGGGUCUUAUCAGUGGUCCGUCUUGUCUUCUCCAGCUGUUACUUUUCCUUGCACCCCAGUCUGUCAGGCUGCAAGAUGAAAGCUGAAAGGUAGCAAAGGGAAGACAUGCAAUGCUCUGCCAGGCUGAAAGUCCAUCCUGUCUCCCACCAAGCUUGCCCAUCUGGUCUUUUAAAAAGUCCCUCAAUGUAUGUAUUUUGGGGGUCAAAAAAAGCCUGGGCUGCCUCAUUUCAGUCCUGUCCUUGGGUCCGCAGGGUGCUGAAUUGCAAACAGGUGACUCUGGGAACAUGUGCUGCACAGACAAAUGUGAAAAAUACGGAAUGCCUUUAAGAGAGGCUGCUUGCUUGAGAGACAUUGUUAGCUUUGAGAGGUCUGCUCGUCCCCAGGAGUGGGUGGAACAAGGUGAGAAAAUAUGUGGGGAAAUAAAAAAGGCAAGGAAAUGGGAAGGCUGGUCGUAGAAGGCAAGUGAGUAUCUUGGGUUGGGAAAUCGAGACUGGUUUCAGGAGUGUGGAGUAGAAUUUUAAGUAACAGUGGACACAGGCAAAGCCAAAAGAAAACAGCAACAUACUGGAGCUCCAGGAAAAGUUAGCUAUAAUGCUGGACAAAUACUGGUGUAAAAAGGAGAUAGAAACCAAUAAAAGCAAGGGACCAUUUAUGCAGGCAGAAAACAAAAUUGCUACGGUUUGUGCUUUUUUGUGAUUUUUUUUUUUUUUUUCUAUAAGAAAAUACAACCAAAAGAAGGCCUGAACCAGUUACAAUUUUUCAGAGCCACGGACAGAAAUAUACUACUACAUGAGCUGUUCCCUUUCAUGUGAAAGGCUUUUAUUUCCCAAAACUCAAAUGCAUGAAUUUCCUUGAGUUCAGGAUAUGGGUUGAAGAAUGCAGACCCGGAUCACUGCAAGCCCAUGAAACCAGAAGCAGUUCUGAGCACUUAAUCAGCAGGCAUUCACAUGCCAGUCUGUGUGGAGACUGUUUUGUUCAGCAUUUCAUCUUAUGCUGUUUUAAAUACUUCUCAUUUCCCCACCCUCCCAGGGAGUAUCUACACGCUUUGCCUAGCUGUGACUCCCAAUGAUUAAUGAAAAUGAAAAGCAAGUAGCUGAAUUUAUGUCUGUCUUUGCUUCCUGAUCUGACCAGGAAUCAGCUGAACCACUACAGCCAUGGCUCAUGCCCAAUGUUUUCGUAACAGCUGUAGGUGUGUUCUCCGGUCAUAAGGCAAUGGUGAGGAUAAGCAAGCUGAAUAAAUGGGAUGCUGGCUGUGAUACCAUGCUGUAGUGGUCCUCUGAUAGCUGGAAGGCUAUGGGCAUCAACAGGGUUCCUCUGCUGUGAGACCCAGCAGGCACAGGCAUGCUUUGGCACAACCCAAAAGGCUUGUCCUCCAUUCAGACACAGUGGCUUUCGGAUGGAUGGUAGGGCCAUGAAGCCUCUGCAUAAUAGUGCUGUCUCUAAAUGAGUACCAAAACCAGAAAAAGAUAAAAUUCCCCUCUCAGCACUGCUUUCCAGGAGUGGACAGAGUUGCUUAACUCUAAGGCGCUUUCCCCACCCCUGCCCUGAGGUGUUUCUUACAUCGGCACACACUUAAUGUUUCUUUAAGUAGCUGUGUCGUCCUAAAAAAUCUUUUCCCUUUGCUGCUCUCCUUGCAAACAGGAAUAUUGAGUUUCUAGCCUGAAGCGGGAGUUUUCAAAACAUCCGUUCUGGCUGGCAGUGUCAUAAAUGACACAGGCAGAGACAUCAGUCAAUGCUCCAAGAGGAAUGCAGGAGCAUUCCAUGUCUCCUAUGCCUCUUAUUCCUUUCCAGUACACUACUCAGCCAUGAAACGGCUCCCUGAGAAAAGUGAUAGGAGUCCCAUAGCUUGCAACUUUGAAAAACUAAACUGAGGGAAGAGAUAAGAGACCAAAGAGAAAGGACAGAGUCUUACAGCUUUCUUCAAGGGCCUGACCUAAGCUAACUGAUAGGUCAGUUCCAUCUCUAUGGCUUGAGUUUCUCACUAGACCAAAUCUGACAGGUCUUUUCAGACUAAAGGAAUGACCACUGGUUCCUCCUCCCUUCUGCUAGUCGCACAGUUUCGGCAUCUCUCCAAAGGGAAAAGAGGCACAAGAAAUCUCACCAUCACUUCCCCACGCUGUCAGGAGUCUGCUGGAGGAACUGAUCUCCUGCCCAGCACAAGUGACUGAUCCUGCAGCUGAAAACUUGAGCAGUUGUUCUGAGGGGGUGUUUAACUACUGAACGACUGGCUGCUUAGGACAAGGUCCCAGCAGGGAAGGCCUGAAAUACCUCUAAAGAAAAUCAUAGCUCUGGGCGGUCCAGAUGUCUUCAUUGCAUGCUUUCUCUUGCUCUCUGCUGGCUUCCAGCCUCCUCAAUCUUUGCUGCUUGAUACUUAGAUAGCCGAGUUCUGCAUUCACUCCCUUUUCAGAGCACGGAGAGCUGGUGAAGCUGUUUGAUUUCGAUGUGGUAAGUGAGAUUUCUCCCCCCUGCCCUCUUCUUUUCCUCACUGUGCAGCUCCUGUCCUUGCAGUUCUCAGGACUUGACUAGCAGAGUUUUUAAAUGAAGUGAAAGUCUUAAUGUGAGGUGAAUCCCAAGACCACAAACAGUUUGGACUUCAAACAGUGAGAAAAUUGGCGCCGAAUAAUUCCGCACACAAAGCAGAAAACUUUCAUUUCCUGCAGGCAGGAUGGAAUUGACUGUUAUAUUAAGACUUCAGAAGGAGCACUGCCCCGGAGUAAUUUCACUGCUGUCAGGCAGUGUUGACAUCUAGAUUAACCUCUGUGCAGUGAAUUUUACAGCAAAGCUCAUUGUAAUGCAUGUGGGGUAUCUCCUGUAAAUCCCAGCUGAAGCCCAUAGUGUCCCACCCUUCUGCACAGGAGAAAGGGUCGGGGAGCGACCACUAUCAUUCUUGACCCCAGCAAAGCGUGACUGUACCCUUAUCCAGGCCAGUUCUGCUGAAACUGAUUUUCUACCAUGCUAAAGUGACAGUAGCUCCAGCCUGUAUUUUUUUUUUUAAUUCCCCAAAGAGGUUUACAUCACAAGGCUGACAUUUUUUGCCAGUGACAAACAGCUCCCUUCAUGUAUCCACCCAGAAACACAGUCCUAAUUAAAAGGCACUAGUUAACCAAAGGCAAUUAGCUGCUUGCACAGAUUAACUGCAACACAUAACAAUCCCCACACACAAUGCUCUGAUCAGACGUGAUCCAGGACUAAAUGGCAGACAAACUCCCAGCUGAUGUGAGACAAUGGCAUCCAAUCCUACCCACCAGCCCACCGGCACACUCUCAACUCUUGUCUACCAAACCGAAACUGCAAAAAUAAAAGAAGUUCACACAGUUUAUUCAGUGUAAGUCAGGAGACACUGCAAAAGAAGUCUCUUGACUCCUGAACUGAAUGCUUCCACUGUUAAGUUGGGAGCGUAGGCCAGACCCCAAGCCCUUUUGUCUCUUGCUGUAAGUGUAGGUUGAGCAGCAAGAUUUCCUAGGCAGGAGCACAACAGCUUCUUCAGUCUUGUGUGGGUAGAGACAAUCCUGUCUGUGGUUCUCAAGGUGCAUUGCUGAGAUGCACUUCUUUGUGAAAAAAACACUAACGUCUAAAAAAAACGGAAGAGGAAGGUAAGGGGUUUUUUUGUUUGUGUGCUUUUGCCACGCCUUCUUAUUCAUGCAAUUAUUUUCAUAUUCAACCAUUGCUCUGCAGUCAUCUGCAGGAGGUUCUAGGCAAGAAACAAGCGAUCAGGUGCCAAACAGAUUAAUCACUAACCCUAAGGGAAAAAGCUCAAUAGUACUUCUAGAAAUCUAGAAACCAUCCUCUCACCCACAGCUCUUCAUAGUAGGCUUACCAUCAUAUUUGUCAAAGGCUUGGGAUAGCCUAUGAAGAGGGGACCUGCCCAUGGUUUCCCCUCAUCUUCAGAUGGAGUUGUGUGCCCCUGGUAUUUCAGUAAUCGGGCCCAUCAGGAAAAUUGCUUCAAACUAACGUUUGCUACCCCCAAUCAGAAUACAGCUGAAAAGGCUACCCAAGGUUAUAGAGAAGGUCAAGCUGUUGCUUUGGACUGGAAUUUGCUUUAGAAGGAAUUUGAUGGACCAAUUUAAGCACCACAGCACAUCAAAACCUGGUGGCCUCAUUUAAAAAGUAAUCAGUAUUGUAUUUCGCUUUAGACAUCCGUGCAUUAGUGUUCUGCAAAUAUGAUUUCCUCUUUGUUUGCAUUAUUGAUGCCAUAAAAUGUCAGACACAUUAAAGAAAAAAAAAAAAAAAAAAGAGGCCAACCUUUGGGGUUUGGAAUGAUUCUGGCUGAAUUGCAGUUGGGUUACUUUGCUUUUUAUUUCCCAGGAUAGCGAUGCACUGUUACUCAUUCUGCUAUUGCUUUACAAAGAGUUGUCUAUAAGUGUAUUUAUUCAGCCAACCGUAUUUCAGGAAACACAUAACCUUGAUAUUUUUUUUCUGUAUGAGGCUGUGUGCUUGUAUAUGUGUUGGGGGGGGAAAGGGAGGUGGAGCUUUUUACAAGAGCCCUCCCCAUGUUCAAUAGUACGUUGGCUUUGUGCAAUGCUGUGUGACUCCCUUUGGCUGGUUUGAUUUAAUCUGAAGAACUGAGGUUUGUGAUCAGGGUUUGAGGUCUUCUGGUUUUGCACUGCCCAGAAUCUGCCACCUGCUUUCACCAUUCAGCAGCCAUCUGCUAUCCACAAUGGUUCCUAGAUGUCUAUGCCACAGAGAUUACACAGCACUUGAGUCUCAGCCAUGUGAUAACGGAGUUUUAGCUCAUUCUGGUCCUGCGUCAAGGGUGAGUUUGCUGAUUUAGGUUGGUUCCUACACUCCUCCCCACGUAAUCCUCACUGACUAUUGUUCCCAAAGCAAAUACUAUUAGCUGAUCAGCACUUUUUCUUCCAGACCAUUAAAGAGCACUGUCCUUGGCAGCCAUAUGUUUUCUGCCUCACCUCUCCAUAAUGAAUGCUGAUCCAUUGUUCAAUUUUUCUGUGAACCUUUUGGAAAAGUAUUCUCCCUCUUAAAAUCUAAAAAAUUCUCUUCCCAAGUCUUCUGGUUUUUUGAAAGUGAAAAAAACCAGGGUGGAAUUAUCUCCUUUAUGUAGGGAUUUUCAUCAGUGGUAAGAUUUCUUUUCAGCUUUUCUUUCCAGUGACAGCAAGACUUGGGAGCAGAGGCAGAAGGAUACAGUGGAGCAAUCUAAGGAAGGGACUCAGCUAGGACCUAGACUGCAAGGUCAUCUGUUCACAUACUAGGCCCUUGCCAGGUUCACACAGCAAGAGACCCACAGCUUUUAAUGAGCAGUUUCCUGCCCAGCUUUCUUGUUCCUACUCCAGUUCUGAGGAAUGACCUUCAGAUGACCUUCAGAUCUCCUUAUCUUCAUAGCUCCAUCUCAGGGGUAACCAAACAGCCAAAUGAAGAGAUGAAAGGAUCUGAAUGGGUGUGUAAUUCAGUGUCUUUCUCCCCCUUUUUCAUCACGAGUGAAGACAGUGAAAGUGACAGAACAGAAAAAUUCUUUCCCCCAACAGGAAUGAUCCAGUUUCUUUUUAAACUCAGAUAUUUAAGAUGUCGUGCAGCAGUGCCUAUAAAUAUGCCUUGAAAUGUUGAAUGAGCACAAGGAGUCUAUUUGAUUUUGUUUUUAUGCCUGUAAUUUCUCUCACCAAGAAUUCAGCUGUUACUCAGCUCCCAGCAGGUUGUUCUGAUUGCUGGAGAUGGUUGGGAUUGAUUCCGGCUGUGAUCUGUUCGAGUCCAGCCUCAUUCUUAUAUAGCUAGAUUGAAACAAUAGAAAUCAACAAGGGACUGAGUUGUUGUUCCUAUGCAACGAAACUUUCUAGUGCAACACCAGGUUAAACCCUGAAGGGGCUGAACACCCACAACUUUGAAGUCGGUAGAGGCUGUAGAUACUGAGAGGCACUGAAGAUCACUAUGAUAUCAGGAACAGAAUGACAGGAGAGAGGAAAAGGAAUUAUACAAGAAAAAACACAAAUAUUAUAUGAGAAAAUAUAUUGCUUGGUUUAUAGUACAAGAAAAUCCACUGCUGUACAUGAGAAAAAACUCAGAAUAUUCAGCCUGGCAACCAAGAACAUUGGCCAUCAGGACAGGAGUAGCUCUCUAUCCUACAAACCUCCUCUCACUUUUAAUUUCCUUUUUCUCCUUCUUCUCCUAAUAUAGAACAAAUCGUAUCUUAUGGCUUUCUUGAAAACUGAAAUUAAGGUAAGAGGCAGAUUUGGGAGAGAAAAACAGAGAUCAGAUGCUGCUGGAUGAUACAACAGCUUUGUAGCCUAGCCCCCUUUCAGUGGCGGGUUUCUGGUGUGCCGCUUCGUCGUCUUUUUUUUUUUUUUUUUCCUAAUACAACCCCUACUGGUGUAAGUAGUUCUUACCAUGAGGAGAAACCAGUUCAGUCCCUAAGAAUAGCGACAAAACAAUAACAAAAAAGGUCCCAGCAGCGGUUUCUAGCCGGCCGGGAGCCGCCGGGAGCCUCCCCCUGCGGAUCAGCACCGCGGACAGCGGCGCCUCCCACCGCCCCUGGGAGCCGCCGCCCGCUGCCCCGCUGCGCGCCGCCCGCUCCCGCAGGAGCUCCGCUUGGCUUGGAAAGGAGGAACUCCGCUUCUGAAGGAACAGGGGACCUCAUUCCUACAUCGGCCAGGGCACGACUGUCUCGCCCUUCCUUCUUUUCUCCCAUUCUUUUUUCCAGCGUGAAAUUGUUAGCUGGUAUCUUUUUUUCAAGUGAUGGAGGCGGAAUGGUUUUAAAUGCAAAACAAUCGAUCUAAUGUGGGAAAGAACCAUUUUUCCUUCAGAAUUAAACCCUCUGUCCCACUUCUUCCUGCACUGGUGUUCCACCUAUGAAGGAUGCAUCUCUAAUGUGGACUGCAAAGGGUUCCUAUCAUCUCAUCUACUGGGACAGUUUGACAAAUGGAGAGGUACUAUACUGCUAGCCCUUUAGAAAGAGAGCAUCAUGUGAUUCAGCUUUAGCCAUCAAGUAAAUUUACUGUUGGUAAAGGGUAAACAGACAAAUCUCUUGGAAAAUUCAAAGUAAGUGGCAUAUAAAUGACACUGUGGCCCCUGAAAGUUAUUUUUACAUCAAUCCAUAAAAAAAGCCACAUUACUGUGUAGGGAGAGUUGUCAGAAGAGUCAGCCAAAGAUGAAGAGCCAUGCAGGAAAGAGCAGGCAUCUACAGGCAAGGCUCCAAAUGGUGAGGCAGUCAUAUCUCGUAUACAAAAAUGUGCAGGUACUUCAGAAUCCAGCUUGCUCAGCCUGCAUACUUGGAAUUUCAUCCCACUUGUUUUCCUGGAUCCCACUAAGGAAGAUAGACCCACAAAUUAGAAUUGAGCAUCUCCUGAACUUCAUCAUCAUGGUGAGAAGCUAUUGGGCAGGAACAUGCAGGCUCAUUCCAACCCUGAAAAAUCUAGUGUGAGGAAGAAAAGACACAUAAGCAGGGCAGAAAUCUGGGCUGUUUACCCCUGGCCCAACACAUACUGCUUCCUAGAGGCAGUUUCCUCUGCAUCCCACCUCCCACAUACUCCCCAGCUGUGACUAGUAGUUAGUACAAUGGGACAUCUGGAUGGACACUCAGAGACAGUGAGGACUAGGAAGUACCUAGAGACACAAGCCCUCAAAACUUGUAAGUAACAAUACUGAAAAUGAGGAAUUGAGGCCAGACUUCUGAUGUUUAGGGCCACUUGGAAGUCAGAAAGGAUGAGCUUGCAGGGGAUGGCAAAGAUGAUUUAACUAGGAGCUCAGAGAACAAACAGUGCUAAGGGAAGGGAGCAAGGAAGCCUACUGUGACAUAGGGAGGGGAAGGAAAUGUGUGAGGGCUUAAUUCCCUGUGAGGGGUCAGCGAUAGUGAGUGUAGUGUGUCAGAUGUGAGCUGUGGCAAAGCAGAAGACAGCCCUGCUUGGAGAAGAACUAUGGAUGUGAGGAAGCAGUCACCACAAAAUUAUGUGUGCUCAUCUAAAUGAGUCCUGAAGGUUUCUCCAAACCUUCAGCCUUGCUGGGCUUCUCCCAGGCUCACCUUCUCUGCUUCAAACUCUUACAACUACCAUAAUUUUCUCUGCAUUUAUUUUACUCUCCGAUGAGACUCUGGUUUCAGAAAAAGCAGGGCAGCUUGUUUUAGUUCUUCUCACUCCCCCUGCUCAGAACUCCCACACCCAGCCAAUUCCCUGUGUGAAAGAGAAUUGCAUAAUUUUUUUCCUGUUUUUUGGUUGCUCUUUGGUGUUUUGGUUUUUGGGGUUUUUUUUUGUGGUUUUUUUUUUUUUUUUCCUUUUUUUCUAGAAGUGUCCUUUAAAUUUUCAGCUAAACUGGGAGGCAAUUUCUUGCAUGACAGCUUCGUAUAGAUAGGCUUAAAGCAGAACAAAAAUAAAUAAAUAAAUAAAUACACUCAAUUACCUCCUUCUCCCCCACCUUGCCUUAAUGAAGUGCUAUUUUACUAAAGUUAUUUCAAUAGAAAUGAAGGGGUUUUGUGCAGGCAAAUGAUUGACAUUGAUUUAGCUUUUGGUGUGUUACAGCUCCCUCUGCCUCUUCUGGAUCAGGCAAGAGGGCAAGAUUUCUCCAGGUAAAGGUUGAGGAUACACAACCUUCUUGGGUGAAGGCUGUCUUGGGACCUUCAGUCUGUGUUUGGGAUGGCAUUUAGGGGUUGCAUUGCACACUUGCCUCUGGUAAUUUCUAUAAGACACCUGUGCUGAAGCAGUGUUGUCCAUCAGUGGCUCGGUGUGGCAGUGUGAUGACCUAGGCAGAGAAACCACUGGCACUUCUGCCAUGAGGAGAAACACCCAGCCUCCAGAAAACGGCAAGGGUAGACUUAACUUCCAGGAAACUACUCCUACUUCCAGCUGAAAUGCCCUUCAAUGAUGCAGACAGGCUUGCCCCCCAGAAGGUGCUGCUCCACAGCUCACUCUGGCAGGCGAGCUGGUACUGAAAGGAGGAUGGGGCUACAUCUCAGAGGAAAGACAUUUUGAUGGCAUUUUUGUUGUUACUAUUAUUCAAACCAGCUUAUUUUAAUCUCAGUUAAUGUCACUGAAAGUUUGCAUGAGCAGAAAACAAAUCCUUUGGUGAUGUUUGCUGAAUUGAUUUUUUUUGGCAGACUUUUUUUACCCAUGCACCAGUCUACAUAUUUUCUUAAUUUAGGGCUUAUUUCACAUCUUCUGAAUCCUAUUUGCCAUUUUGCAACUGAAUUGCUGGUUCUUAACCUUUUCCAUCCUGCAGUCUCCCCUUCUCCAAAUCAAAACUCACCAUUUUCCCCUGCUGGGAGCAACCCAGGUUACGUGGUGAGAGCAAGGUGGUUGUGAUCUCUGCCUGCCCAUCUGACCCCCACUGGCUCAAAUUCAGAGGAUGAGGACCCCUGAUCUGAGUAUUGACCAAGGUAGGAUCCCUGCUUCUCCCCUACCUUCCACUUCAUGUGCAUCAAGCACGCUGCUACCCUGGAAGGGGACGACUGAUACAGUGUUAGUCAGACUUACAAGGAGACAUUUUAAAUUAAGGAUUUGCAGUGAGGUCAAGGGACCUUUUAAAGUGCUGAGGUAUUUACCCUCCCCAGACCUUCCCUUCCCCUCCUGCUCUGCUUUGUCCCUUCUUCUCUCCCCAGCCUUGAAAUGAAACAGAAAAUUAUUUUUUUAAAACUGUGUCGAUAAUUUAUGUUUAGUAUAAAGGAUGGUUUAAUGGCAUCACCAAAGGUCAUUUUUUUCAUCUCCGUGUUACUGCCCCAGCCCCAGAGGCUGUGCGUCCCCUCUUCCCCAUAAUUCCACUGCCCUCCCUUUCAUUCACCUCACACAUCCCCCGUCACCACCCCACCACAGCGUACCACACACCAGAAACCUGCUUCAGGUUCAGCCAAUGACCAUUGGAGAACAGAGAUUUCAAACUGAAACCUCCACUCCAGACCACCACAAACUGGAACCAUUUCCGCCUUGAAGAUAGUCAGUUGCUGCAAAUGGCAGGCAGACUCAUUUCUUGAAUUACGUAAGGUUUUUUUUUAAAGCCUUUUAUACCUAUUUACGUGUACGCGUGCGUGCACCACGUGUACGCAGUGGUAUCUGUGUGCACAAAGGCACACGAAUAUCUCUCUCAAAUAUAAAUAUAUUGUAUGUUAGAGCUGUAAAUAUUCCUUGGUCAUGUGUCUAUGUCUUCUUCAAAGUAUCAUAUCCUCAGUGUUAUGUUAACAGCUCCAUUUAUUGAUUGAUGAAACUGUGUGUAGACCUGUACCCUCCUGACAUAGUUUAUGUAGCUCUC